GAAGAACAUAAAGGUUUUAUCGAGCUGUAGCCAAAAAAGGAAGAGAAGCAAAAGAAAGGAAGAUACAAAUCAAUGUCCGAUAAACACAACAGCACUCGUCAAAUCGACGAUAAGCGUCGACGUCGCGUCACGUCUCAUUCGCAACAAACGUUCAGAAGAAGGAGACAGAGCUAGAGCAGAGGAUCCGUAUAAGAGAGCUUGCGAUAUAACACAUCGAUCUGCGUUCGCGCAAGCGUGUUUUCGGCGUCUAGCUCGAGCAGAUUUUCCCCUUGCCACCCUGUAUAGCCCGUGACCGGGAUACGAUACCAACAGGUGAUGCUGGAGGAGUAGAGACACUCCCUCAAGCGGCAUCGUUGAUCGUCGUCCCCCGAGUCCUGAUCCUGACGGUGAUUUAGUAGCGUUUCCAGCCGUUUUUCCUUCUCCGGCGAACAGCCAGCACCCAUCCAGGGUGAACGAGGACAAGGCUGGGGGACCGGAUUUCGUUAAAGAGACGCAGGAAACGAUGAACAGAGAAGAAAAUCGUGGCGGUUGAAACAUUGACGAUCAGCGUCGCGUCUUCAAUCAUCGCGCGAUGAUUUAGUGAACGAUUCAGUUUCCAUCGGUUCGGUGUUUUCUUUCCUUUCUAUUUAUUUCAGUUUAUACGUAAGACUUUCUGUCAAGCACUCUGUGAUACCUUAGGAGACACUGAAUAUACCGCCAGAAGGAUCAACCUUCGAUAAACCGACAAAUAUCUACUCUGCUUGACCGCUUUAGAAACACCUAGUGAUCGCGCUUUCCACCUCGUGCUUUCUACGACGAAGUUCAAAAGUUGUGAGCAACGCGUGUCUUGUAAGGUGGUUGAAAGGGUGGGAAUCGUUUUCCGAUGGUGGGACAGAGAAGAGUUACGAUCCGACGAUGAUCCAGUGCAGAUUUAGUGGCUUCCUUCCGCGAUGAAACGCAGAAUCGUGUGAGAAAAGGCAGGAGUUAAGCGGACCAUAAAAUUUAAUUCCAUUGGACUCGUUUUAAGGGAAUGGGAGUUAGCCGAAUAAAACACUUCCAUUUGUUGAUUACUCGAACAUAGUAAAACCGCAAAAUAAUAAAAAUAAAGAGAAACAUGACUGCAAAAUAGUGCUGCAAAAUAGACGGAAUAAAGAUUCGAUAUUGCAAUAUCGAUGAAAAAGUGAAGCUUAUAUUUUGCAAUUUUGUCUCGUAUUUUAUGAGAGUUUAAGAAUUUGAAUGAAUAUGAAGAUUAUAAACAACUCAUCGAGGAAAGAAACCUGCAGGAUAUUUAUAUCUUGAAAGAUUUCUUAUGACAUUUCUCAGCAUUUCUACGAGAUAAAUAACUGUCUCUCACAAAAUUUAUCGUAGAAUUAUUAGUCGAAUAUCGUUUUCAAAAACACAUAUAAAUCAUGUUUCUGCAUUCUUAUUAAACCACGAACAAACAAUUUUCUUCCACCUUCGUAGAUUUUAUACAAAGGAAUAAAUUGAUGUCAAAUAUCAAAAUUCCUUUCUAAAAUCUUCAAGCUAUUAAAUUAAACUAUUAAAUUAAGAUAUAAGAAUUCUAUGGAACCAAGUGUGAAACAAAAAUAUGUACAGAAUAUUCAUACGUAUAAUGAAUAAAUAAAUAUAGUGGGCAUAAACAGUGCGAAGCGAUAAAUAAUGCAGAUACAAUCGAUGCAAAUAAACAGCAUCUGGAAAUUCGGAAUGAACAUGCAAAAUUGGAGCAAUCGAUCGCUAUUGCGAAAUGACUCUGGUUUAUUUGAUUAUAUUAUAAUGUAACGAAAUUCCCGUGUAAUUUAAUCUACGAUAAAUUGCUAAAUAAGAUCGACGUGUCUAAGUAUUAGCUAAGUAAGUAGCUAUAGGAAGCUAGUUAAUAAUAAAAAAAAGACGAACUUUCAUUGUAAUACUCAUGAGAAAAAUUUGCAUACUGUAAGAAAAUACAACAAAAUUCCUAUAAAAACAUUUAAUGGACGCAGCUCUGUUGAAUCAAAUUCGAAAAAAGAAAAGUUAUAUUCGUAAGAAAGGAAUCGUAGAAAUGAUCGAGAUAACACUUGCAUAAGUUAUUGAUGAAUUAGCUCUCAAUGAAACUUUUCCCUCGACCAAACACGAUAUGACAUCUGAGUUGUUCUUUCGCAGAAAAUACAUGUUCGAUCUGUGAAAACAUCGCGCUGCAACGUAAUUAGAAUCAUUUACUGGUAUGCAGACGAGAACGGUGUGCAUCCAUUAAAAAUAUCAAACAGAAGAGACGUUUCAAAGCAGGUCCAGACGAGUGACUGAGGAAAACAUUCGAGGGUAUUUUUCAAAAGUUCAUCCGGUUGUGCCAGUUACAAAAUUAUCCUGUAACGCGAACUCGAAUCGAUACUCCCAAAAUUGCGAAGGGAGAUGUUGGAAAGAAGAAACUGUUGAAAGGAACGAGACAAAAGAUACGCGACGAUAUCACGGAUAGAUCGACGAGUGGAGUUGUUUCAUGAAUGGAAUUUACAUGGAAGCUAAUUGGCGUUUGCUCGGUGGCUCCACACAGCCACGUUAAUUACGGAAUUAAGGAGACAUCGUAAAGAGAGCUCGUUGAAAUGACAAACGCGGUUCAAGAACUACGGUCUAAGUACAUUUUAUACUCGUCUCCGAGCCGAGGUUUCUCGCCCGGGGUAAUUCGCAUACCUAUACCACGUGCUGGAAUAAAAAUAAAGCGCAGUCCCGUCGGUACGAGUCCGCCAACUAUCACCCCGUGAAUUCACAAUAGUUGAUUGUACUUUGAUGUUCAUACGUUCUAUAUAUAUAUAAACAUAUAUCUGUGAUCGCGAUUGAACAUAACCACGCGACUUAUAGUGCCGUUCACAUUUCUUUUAAAAUUUAUGACAUACAGACUAUUUCGUUGUACGAUAAAUUUCAACGGAGUUUCGAAGAGAGAAAAUGGUACAAGAGACACGCAAACACAUUGGUCGUUAAAAGAAAAAAUAGAAGAGGAUGCUGCGAUAACAAAUCCGAAAAGGCAGGAAGGAACGCAAAAUGCCCCAAGGAAGCAUUCACUGGCAAGGGACGCAGAGAAGAGCCUGCGGUCCAGGAGCUCACUGGAAUGUCCAGGUGGUGAGAGGCAAAGUGACAACGCGGUGUUUGUGGUACGCCUGCAAAGCUCUCGGAAUUGGUCUACUACUAAUGGUUUUAGGAGCUUGCAUGGCGACCAUAGGGUACUUCGCAGAUCAACUGUCCGUGGCACAAGAAAUCAGAGGUAAUCUAACGAUAAGAGUGAAGAAUGAAUCACGUGGAUUCCAUCUAAAUAACCUCAGUUAUGCUGGACCGAUCGUAAUGGGAGUAGGAGGUUUUAUCGUAGUAGCAGCCUGUGUAAUGACCUUCGAGGCUCGUGAUAACGCUGCCAAAGUGGUGCCGGCCCGUUUUCGCUUUAAUCAAACGUCGACAAUAAAAAAUACGAGAAAUCAACGGAAUCGUAGGUCUACAUCUAGUCAAACAACCAAAUGGGAUCACCAACUCGGUGUGUUCAAAGUAAACAGAAGUCCAAGUCCAAGCAUACACGAAGUCUCUAGGAAACAAUUGACCGCGGAGUUCUUGCAAUUCUCUAAAGAACUAAGCGAGAAACAGACUGGGCACUCGAUUAAGAAAAGCCCCAGUGCACCAACGUUAAUUGAGAAGAAAUCACCUCGUAAAAGAACGCCAAAAUACGCUGGAUGCGCGUUAUUAAAUCCAGAAUUGUUACAGAGGCAUGCUCUUUCUGUUGAUAAUCCAAGCUACAGUCCUCAUCAGGUCAGCAGGGAAAGUUUGGAUCAACAAAAAAUGGGAGGCAGCCAAGUUUCAAUGGCAAUGGAUUUGCACAUUCCUAAUAAAGGUCCAGUUACGUUGAAAGUUAAAGAUAGAUCGGAUACUGCGAGACGUCAUCAACUGCUUCGACAAACGAAAGUUGAUUAUGUCGAAGAAGUUGAGGAAGCAGUUAAAUCUCCGACGGGUCGUGGUUAUUCGCCUAAGUUAUCAGGUGCCUACAGCAAAUACCCAGACGAUUUUGUACCGAGAAAAAGAAACUCGAUAGACAUAAGAUUAUUUGAGGAAUUGACCGCGUCGAAAGAUCUUACAAAAAUAUCCCCCAGAGACUUCCGCAAAAUCUCCUCGCCGAGCUUCCAUAAAAUGUCAUUUGACAAAGCUGGAAGCGAACGUAGAAUUGAAAGAAUGAUGGGCCAACGUAAAGCUAGUCUGGAGUUCAGGAAGAGUCCCGAUUUUCGCAGAGGGGAUUAUAGAAAAUUGUCAGUGGACAGAUUCUCCAUUGAUUGCACAAAAUACCUAUCUGACGAGGUGGAAAUGAGGUCAAGGGCAAGCAGUGGUGAAAAUCUAAAACGACAACGACAAGCGAAACUGCACCAUUCUAGGUCGGACGACAAUAAGAGAGCAUCUUUCGAGAAACAGCAGAAAGACGCGCAAUCGAGCAGAUACUCUUUGAACACGCAAGCUGUUAUCGAAAGUGGCGGUUCCGAAUCUGAGUUCAAGUACUUCACGGCAGCAUCUCUCGACACUGAAGAAAGUCGAGCGGACAAUUCUGACGAUAGUCAUGCGAUCGAUGUCGAUGAACCUAUCGCCGCGAAUGUAUCGUCCGAUGGACCGACUGAAGUUGAUGCCUUACUUGAGGAACCUGAAUUAGAAAAUGUCCCGGAGAUAGAGAUAGAAACGCCGAGGGACGAAUUGGACGAGACUGAAACACGCAAUGAAAUUUCAUUAAUAACCGAAAAUUUGAUAUAUAAUAAUCAAGUAUCGAAGGAACAAGAACAGAAAAAGAAUAUUCAUAGUGAUGAUGCGAUAUUGCAUGAUUUUGUAAAAAGCAAAGGAACUACUUUGUACAUAGAGGAUGAUGAAGUUUGAAGAAACGAUACUCUCAAUUAAUGGACUAAUUACCUAUAAAAAAAUAAUUGGAUUGAGAGAUUUAAGAGAUAUACGAUUACUUCGAAUGAUUGAAAGAAAAAAAGCUUCGCAACAGGUAAAAAUGAGAAAUGUAAAGGCUGACUGUGAACAAAUUUACACGAAUGAAUCCCCAAGUUUUGAGUGAGAAUAGGUUCGCAUUUUCCACGUUAGAUACACGUUUAGUAGGAUAUUGUGAAAUUGUUUGUUGUAAAAGGUUGAUACAGUCACUUGUUAUUUGAUAACAUAUUCCUUAGAAAGGUAAAUAUUCAUAAUAUUGAAUAUGUAAGUUUAAUGGAACAUUGCGCGAGUUAGUAAAAUUACAGCCACGUUUAGGCAAGAUAAACUUACAAGUCUAGAUAUAGUUUUACGUGCAAGUUUGUUACGAUCCUAUUUAUACUUGUAAUUUAGACAAAAUUUGAAUCAAGAAUAAGUGUAUUGACUAUUAAAAUUAGAAUAAUUGCUUUAUGAAAGAUAAAUAUUUUGCCUAAUAAUAACGAACUCACUCCGAAUCUUACGUUGUUUCACUGUAUCUUAUUUUAUGAUUCAUUAUAUAAUUAAAUAUUCUAUCUUUCAAUUCCGAACUACAAUAUAUAGUAACAUAAUGUGUGCUCAAUGAUCUCAAAACAUAGUAUAAGUGAAGCUAAUAGGGCUUUUCACAAAUUGCGUUCUGUUGCAAGACAAUCAUUUUCAGAAGAACAUUAUUUUCUUAACGAAAGAAACAUGAUAAACAUAAAAGCUUGCCGCGAUGAUGACAAAUAAUAUACCCUCUUAAAAGUGAUCGAUCAAUCUGUACAAAAUUAACGUUUACCUAUAACGAAGGUACAUAAAAGUUAUGUUGAAAUUACGAUACAUAUUUCUACCGAGAAUAAUCAUACAAAUCUUUUACGCUAUAUUCUUUUUACGUUAUACAAUUUUCUCAAUGUCUAUGAUACGAAAAAUAAAGCGAAAAGACAAUGACAGUUGCAAAACGAAAAUGUUGAAAAUUAUUCACGUGAUUUUAUAUUUGGCAAUGUAUAAAAAGCCCUUCAAGUCGCUUGAAAAAUAUUUAACGUAAAUACAUAAAUGCAUUUCAAAUAUUUCGAAAAAAUUGUUGAUAUGUAUUUGUAGCGAAACUUUACUAAAAAUGUAUUUUCCAAUUUUUAACACAUAUGAUAAAUCGUAUUACCAUUCCUCAAUCUAUAUUAGCUAUUAAAUGACUGCUACAAAAAAAUAUAUACAAUACAUAUAUAUAUAAAAGAAUGCGUUGGAAUUUCAAACAACAUAUUUCUUAAAUUGAAACGAUAAACAAUAUAUUAAAUAAUAUAAAGGAGAAAUCAAUGUAUUUAUGACAUUUAUAUAUGACACGAUUUUGUCAUAUCGUAUCAUAUCAUAUCGUAUCGUAUCGUUUAAAUACGUAUGACGUACAAUGUUAUAUUUACACAGCGUUGAGCUGUCCCUUGUAACACAUUUGUGAAGGUGCAGUAAUUCGAAAAGAAUUAACUGUCAAAAUCUUUCUUGUUCUAUUGUUAAACGUUUCACGAGUUGAGGCCUAUUUCAUUAUACCUGCAUAAAAUAUCAAAAUCGUUCUUAAAUUCCAUGAAAAAAUACUUUUCCUUGGAUGAUAUAAUAAGAACGAAGGAAUUAAAUGAAUUUUGUAGGUAUACUCGAAUCGAGUGUAAAAGAAAAGAAAUGUAGCAAAAAUGACAAUCCAUUGACGUCGAGUGAUAUACCGUAUAUAUGUUGUUUUUUAAAAACAGAGGCUUAGCCAAAUGAAUAUAAAAAUCUAUUUUUAUAUCUCUCGUACGAUAAAAUGAUGACAUUGAUAAAACACAAUUGAACAUAUUAAAUCAGCAUAUAAUAAAAAAACAGCAUUCUGUAGUUUAGUUUAUUUUUAGUACGAAUAAUAUACAUAUGAAAUCAGUAAAACAGCAUUUGUACGUGCAGAGAAAUUUCUUCGUUUAUUUUUAUUCGAUAUUUUGUACUAAAAUUUGGUGAUAAAACUGCUGAGGAACAUUUUCUUGGUAAACGGAAUAAAACGAGAAGAGACGAAUUGAGUUUGUUCAGAAAACAAAAAGUUGUUUAUUAUUCGAGUUUGAAUGGACCAAUGGUUAAAGAAAUAUACAUAUAAGAAUGAUAAAUCUCCGGUAAUAUUUGGAAUAUUAUUUCUCUGGGCUAAUAUGUCCCACCCAAUGUACUUACUUAGGGAAAUCUUUGUUAAAUAUUUUGUGUAUAUACGUUAAAAGCUAAAAUUUAUUAAAAUUUUUAAUUGCGUACAUGUUACAAAACUGAAAUAUUGUUGAACAUUUUUUCGUAUAAUAAAAUAAUUUUUUUUAAUUUUUAUGAAUAAAAUUAUUAGAAGCAUAACUUUGAAGGAACAAAAUAUUUAUAUCGCUUUUUUUAAUUUACAUAAUAAGAAAUGUUAACUUUUGAAGUAUAAUUUCAUAUACACGAUGAAGUGCAGUGAAAUUUCAAAAUGAUGCAUUCAAUACUGGCGUUGCUCUGUUAAUUAUUCAUACUGAUAACAUGUAAAUAUACGAAAUACAUAGUUAACAAUUAACAAUAAAAACAUAAUCAAGCUGUGAUGAAAUUGUAAGUAAAUAAGGGUUAAUAACAAUAGGAAGGAUUGCUUGGUAUUAUCGUUAGUGUUGCAAAUUCGGUGCAAGAUUUCAAGAUAUACAAUUGAACUUAAGAAAAGCGGAUUGUAUUAUUAACGACUUAAAGAUACUCAUGAAAUACAUGAGUAAUGUCAAUUUAUAUAUUUAUUACUAUGAAAUUUGAAAAUGUGUAAAAAGAUCAAUUUCUUAAAAGUUUAAUAAUAACGUAUUUAGUUUGUUUGUAAUUUAAAACAUUUUGUUUAAAUUAAAGACUAUUUUUUACAGAAUUAAGAACUACGUAUGACGAAUACUUAAUCUUUCUUUAUAUUACAUGUAACAUUAUUCCUAAAUGUCUGUAUUAAAAUCAAAUGAAGGCAAUAAAUGUGCAAUAUAAACAACUUGUUUAAAAAAUGUAAUUCUUAAAGAAUCAUUAUUUUACGUCCAUGUUGUAAAGCAAUAAAGAAACAUAUCAAAGGAAUCUCCGAUUGGCAAUUGAAUGUGCACAAAAUCUGUACUCAAGGGUAUCUUUUGCAGCACUAACAAUGUUCUUUGCUUGACACAAGUGGUUUUGUUGCAAGCCAAUUGUAUAUUUAGCAAGUAUAUUGAAACAAAUGAAUAUUGUAAGAUUCUGGACUCAAUGUAAUCUUUGCAUGCUGAUUGUUGUAACGUCUCAAUAAAACAACUUCGAAAACAUAAUUUGUACAUAAAUUAUUACUUAAGAGAUAUAGAAGCGAUUGCAUACUAGGCGUGAAUCAUUUAUCUUUUUAAAAUACCUACUUACCGAUUGCGGCGCAGCAUUCUAUCUUCAUGUUGGUAACUUUCAUAACUACAACUUUUCUCCGUUUAUUUCUGAUGAAAGGAAUCCGACUAAUCCAACAAUCGUUAAUAUAAGUCAUCAUACUACAUCUUCCUUAUCUAUAACAUGCAAAAGAAUUUCUUUAUCAUGUAUAUACAUAAGUUUUUAUUAUAAGUUAUUAAAUGUUUCCUAACUAUAAUCAUAUAUAUAAAACCAACAAAAUAUAAAGAAUGUAAAUGCGCACAUAAUAA